ACACCCUUUGGGGGUGGCGGGGGCUUCUCUUUGAAGAGGAGUGGGGAGGCGGGUUGGAUGAUGGUUUUGGUGCUAGAUUUGGGGAGCGGGAGCCCUGUGGGCAGGGUGCUGAGCUGAUGGGGACGCACACGGCUUUGAAUGACUUGCUGCAGACCGCACAGACCUGCCAAAUGUUGCCAGCAGAGGGAAGGAGAGACGCUCUCCCGGAGCUGAUCUCUGCAGCGCGCUAGGGCUCGGGUCCCUCCCUUUGGCCGCAGGACUGAUUCAGGGGCCGGGGGGGGGGGGAGUGUUGUUGUUAAUUUUAUUUUCUUGGCUGGCCGCUGCUGGCUCCCUCUGCUCUCUCAUCUCCGCUCAGCUUUACCCCGCCCCAACCAGCGCGCACCCCCCCCCCACACGUCCUCCUGCUCUUCCUGGGCUGCCCCCUGCAUAGGGAAGCGGCUGCGGCUGCCGCUGGGGGUGGCGGGUUGCAGGGGCGCCGCGAUCGGAGCAGCGAGGGAGGGAGGCCGGGGCUGAGCCAUGCCGGGGGGCGGCUGCCGGAACCAGGGAUGGGGCGAGAGGCUGCCGAGGAUCCCAGCAUCUCCCCGCCGGGGGCCCAGGAAGCAGAAAAGCCGCCGCCGCCGCUGCUGAGAGCCAGCAAAGGGCGGCGAUGGCAGUGUAUGUGCGUGCAAUUUUGUCAUCGCGAGAUCUGUUUCUCCACACAAGCUUGACAAAGGUGAUGGGGGACAGAGUGUGUGCUGCAGCUGCAGACCUGCUGAGACAGCUCACAGAGAUGAGAGAGAGACAGAAAGAGAGGCAAAGCAGGAGGGAUGGAGACAGUACUGAGCUCUGUCAGCCUGUGUUUUUAUCAAGGGGUUUCUGGUGACAAUGCUCGAGAGCAGAACUUGGGUCACCAGAAAGUCCUUCCACAUCUACCAGAGCAGAAUUCAGGUUACCAGGAUCUCACCCUUGGGAGCGGAGCUUGGGUCAUUAGGAAAACUGACCCCAAAAAGGGCAAAGCUUUGGUCACUGAGACUACCCUUCAGAGAAUGGCACUCCAGUCACCAGCAAACUCCACACCAGAGCGUGAAUUCAGAUCACCCCAAACACCCACCACUACUGCUGCUAGGAGCACCGCUUGAAUCACCAGGAACCACCCAGUCCUGUGAGCAGAUCUCCAGUCAUCACAGACUUCCAUCCUGGACUGCAGAGCUGGAGUCAUCACAAACCCCCAUCUUCAGGAAUGAAGCUGAAGUCACCUUAGCUGGAACUUCCACUCCCCCUCCGCACUCCCCCCCCAAGAGUUCGUGUUAUCUGGGUUCCUCCCUCAGAACACCAGUUCAACUCUGAACACCUCUCCCAUCCCCCAAGAAAAAACCACUUGUAAUUCCCUGUGGAUGGAGCCUGAGUCACUACCAGCUUCUAAGAGCAGAGCUCAAGGCAACCUAGGACCCAAAAUCAGAGCUCAAGACAGCUGAGACCCACAUCCUGUGAGGGGGAGCUCAAGCCAAUGGAAACCUCAUUCAAGAGCACACCUCUGGAGUCCCCACUCCUGAAACAGAAAAUAGUGAGUGUGGGGACAGGUUUUUUAAACCAGGAUUGGACAAAAGCAGUCCUCUGGGUCUGUUUCUGGGGAUCCCCUGAUUUUCCCCUCCUUUACAUCCUUACAAACAUCCUUUAGGCACUGAAGUAAUCCCUGUCCUUGUAAACAACAGACAGGGAAUGAAACCUUGAGUCUAAUGGGUGUGCAUCACAGAGUUCCUGCUCCAAUCUUUGGUCCUGCCUCUCCACCCUGAGAUGGUUUUGCAGUAGUGACAGGAAAUCAGCUGCAGGUGUGAGAUUCCCUCCUGCAAGGAUGCUCUUCUGUACCUGCAUAGCUGGGUGUUAAUCCUUUGGAUGUACAAGAGACCCUGCUGGAGACAGAAUGCCCAUCACCAACAGAAGUGAGAGAUCCUGACCUGGGGCAGGGGGAGGGGGCAGGCGAAUGCCUGAAGGCCGGCGCCUAAUGUUGUGACCUAGCUGAUGCCUCUGGUGUGUCUGGAGACACAGAGUGCCUUUGGUCCAUGAUGCUCUUGAAGCCUGCCCAAGUCUGGUGUACUGAGCACUUUGAGCCAUUUUGACUGCAGUUUCAAAGCUGAGCCACGGCCUCUUCCUUGCAGCAAAUGUCAGUAAGGUUGGAAGAAGCAGUAGUUCCCUGUGCUGUAUGAAGUGACUUUCUGAGCAAUGCAAUCAAGAAGAGUUGGUCUAAACUGGGGAACGGGGUGGGUGUGUGUUCAGGGCAGGCCCACAGUCAUUCGGGGUCUGCCAGGAGUUUUGAAAUAGAGGCCCUUGUGUCCUGCACAGGACUGUGAAAACUACACCAACUUUGUGGCACUUCUGCUGAAGAUCCCUGUGGAACUGAAUCUUUCCUGUGGCUGCAGAGUCAGUGGAUACCUAUCACUAGCCAGGUGUGCAUGGGAUGAAGAUGAGACGCCACAAGCUCUUUCUGACUCUGUGCAUGGGUGGUCUCUGCCUCAUCUCCGUCUUGCACUUACUCAAGGCUCUCUCUUACGUCACCUUCCCCCGGGAGCUGGCUUCUCUUAGUCCCAAUCUCGUCUACAGCUUCUUCUGGAACAAUGCACCUGUCACGCCACAGGUCAGCCCUGAACCAGGAGGGCCGGAGUUUCUCCGCACGCCACUGUACUCCCAUUCACCCCUGCUCCAGCCCCUGCCACCCAGCAGGGCCAGCGAGGAGCUGCACAAAGCUGAGUUUUUACUGCAGGAAGACACGUCAGAAUAUUUUGUCCAUACCAAAGCUGGCGGCGUCUGCUUCAAGCCAGGUACCAGGAUGUUGGAGAAGCCACCAGCAGGCCGGACGGACGAGAGAGAAGAUGGUGCUGCUUCAGGGCACCCAGCUCGCAAGCCGCUGAGCACCAGAGGCACAAAGCGGCGCAAGUGGGUGGAGUGCAUGUGCCUGCCUGGCUGGCAUGGCCCUAGCUGUGGGGUGCCCACUGUGGUCCAGUACUCAAACCUGCCCACCAAGGAUCGGCUGACACCACGUGAGGUACCCCGGCGGGUCAUCAAUGCCAUCAACAUCAACCAUGAGUUCGACCUCCUUGAAGCCCGUUUCCAUGAACUGGGUGAUGUAGUGGACGCCUUCGUGGUCUGCGAGUCGAACUUCACGGCUUAUGGCGAGGCGCGCCCACUAAAGUUCCGUGAGAUGCUCCUCAAUGGCUCCUUCGACUACAUCCGCCACAAGGUGCUCUACGUCUUCCUGGACCACUUCCCUCCUGGUGGGCGCCAGGACGGCUGGAUCGCCGAUGACUACCUGCGCACCUUCCUGACGCGAGACGGCAUCUCCCGCCUACGCAACCUGCGCCCGGAUGACGUCUUCAUCAUUGACGAUGCGGACGAGAUCCCGGCCCGUGACGGCGUGCUGUUCCUCAAGCUCUAUGAUGGCUGGACGGAGCCUUUCGCUUUCCACAUGCGCAAGUCCCUCUAUGGCUUCUUCUGGAAGCAGCCUGGCACCCUAGAGGUGGUUUCUGGCUGCACAGUGGGCAUGCUGCGUGCCGUCUACGCCACGGAUGGGAUCCGCCUCCGCCGCAGAGAGUACUACACUAUGCCCGGCUUCCGGCAGUACGAGAACAGCACGGGCCACAUUCUAGUGCAGUGGUCGCUGGGCAGCCCCCUCCAUUUUGCUGGCUGGCACUGCUCCUGGUGCUUCACACCAGAGGGUAUCUACUUCAAACUGGUGUCAGCCCAGAACGGGGAUUUCCCCCGCUGGGGUGACUACGAGGACAAGCGAGACCUCAACUACAUCCGGGAACUGAUCCGGACUGGUGGCUGGUUCGACGGCACCACCCAGGAGUACCCCCCUGCUGACCCCAAGGAACAAAUGUAUGCCCCAAAGUACCUGCUAAAGAACUACCAGAGGUUCCACUACCUGCUGGAGAAUCCCUACCGAUGGGCGAAAGGGGCUGGGUGAGGGGAGCGGGACUUGCAUGGGAGAUGGGAACAUUAGAGCAAAGGGAAAGAGUGAGCUAUGUCUUUGAUUUUCCUUCUUCAUUUUGUUUCCAGCUGAGGUGCGUAGUUUCUCUGCCUUUCCAGGACUGAGACUUGGGGUGGGAUUCUCAGUCAUGCUAAUGAGGGCCAAAGGGAAGGGGAAGAAAUGAGAAUUGGCCCUGCAGAAGCCAAAAAGACUGUGGCACAUCCCCUCAACCUUGCCUGCAGGAUGGAGAGAUCUUUUUAAGGGGGCAGAUUUUCUUACACGAGGGUGGGCAGAGGGAGCAGCUGCCCCCACCGCAGAACAGGUUGCAUGCACAUGUGAGUCUGGACUUGUCAAUGAGCAUGUGAGUGAGCGAGCGAAUGUAUGAUCAUGUGCAUGUGAGUGGAUGUUUGUGUCACGCGUGUUCAUGUGAGUUUGUGUGUACAUGUGCAAAAGCAUCUCUAUAGGCAUUUAUUUUUUUACCUCAGUAUUCUUUAAAAUAGAGCCUCCUUCUGCCAACCUCCUGUCAAUACAUCUCUCAUGGGCUCCACUCUUUGUCUAAUGUGCUGCCGGUCUUGGAGCUUGCAGAAAAGGGAAGUGGGGUGGAACACAAGUGCUUGUACUCCUUCCCUACCCCACCUCACUGUCACACUGCACCCCACACCUUAGUUCUGCCCACAAAGCCUCAUGCUGUGUCCCAGAAACCUGCUUUCUUCAGAGGAGCAAGCUGAAGGGGUCUUCACUAGGUUGAUUGUGUGGUGUGUUCACAAGUGUGUGGAUUAGUGUGUGUCCGAGUGUUAAUGUGCAUGGAUUUGGCAGGUGUGUGGUAGAGUGCAUGUGUGUGUGAGAGAGGUGGGAGCGUGGGAGGAUUCAGAAGCUCUGCUAUCUACUUAGGGGUUAAGGAUAUUCAGGGAACCUUCUACAAGCCUACUGGGUAUGGGGAGCGGGGCCAGGAAGCUGGAGGCUCUGUGUGCCAGUGCUCCAUAAAUGGGCCUAUUCAGAACCAGCUCUGGAUGGGGUAAGAAUGGGGACAACCUUAGGGAGGCGCUGCUGGCAAUGUCUGUGGCAGGGAGCCUCCCUCCCCAAUAUAA